AUGUCAACUUCUACAAUUGUGGCACAAACGUGAGUUUUUUUGAAAAUUUUGAUUUUCCAUACGAAGUUUUGUAGUUCUCGCGGAGAAGCGUUUAUUUUCCAUACCAAAUUUUUUUUUUGAACAAAUUUUGGUAUGGAAAAUAAGCUCUGGAGGAGAAGCGCUUAUUUUCCAUACCAAUUUUUUUUGAACAAAUUUUGGUAUGGAAAAAAACGCUUCUCCUCGAGAAAUACAAAUUUUGGUAUGGAAAAAACAAUUUUUUAAAUUUCGCACGAAAUUACUCAUAUUUAGUGUCAAAAUGAUCAAAAUUUUACCAAAUUUUCGAAUUUUUCAGUGAUUUAUCAAAACAACUGCCCUCCUGCUCAUAUUCCACAACAAAAUCCGGUCCAAAUCGCUACGAUCUUGACGUGGAUUCGUGGACAACAAUUUUCGAAACCGUCGCCUCAAGUGUCCCACUAAAGAAGGCUUUGGAAUUCAAAACUUUGCACAGUGUAGCCUAUCGAGCUGUGACACGCGCCUUUAAAAACGUGACAAAAUUGAAAAUCGAAAUAUUCAAAGGCACGUGUUGUAUUCAAGAUUCGUGGACGAAAAAUCGACAAACUGCCGUGGAAAUGGCACGAUAUGUGAUGGAGAAUUCGAAAAUUGUGCGAGUUUUGGAGAUUUAUUUCGACGAUCCGUGUUUGGAUGUUGUCAAUGAGGUUUUGGAUGAGAUUGUCAAGUCGAGUGAGUGAUUUUUUGGGGGAAAAAGGGAAAUUUUUGAAUUCGCCCGAAAAAUCCACGUUUUUCGAAACCAAAUAUACCCUUGUCCUGGAGAACUACACGAAAUUUCGUGUAGUUCUCGCGGAGAAGCAAUAAUUUUCCAAACCAAAUUUUUCCACGUGGACUUUGAGCCCAAAAAAAUUGCUCUGAAAAGUUGAAAUUCAAAUUUUCCCUACCAAAAAACUUUGAAAAUUCAAAAAUCUCUGAUUUUGAAGCCGGAAAAUUCAAGUUUCCCCUGAAAAUUCAAAAUUGUGAACUUUUAGCCUUAAAAAUUCUCAAAAAUUCAAAUUUCCGAUUUUUAGAGUAAAGAAAUCGUUGAAAAUUCAAAAAUUCAGCAUUUUUGCGCUAAAAAAUCCUCAAAAAUUUCAAAUUUCCCCUGAAAAUUCAAAACUGUGAACUUUUAGCGCUAAAAAAUCCUAGAAAUUUCCAAAAUUUCCUAUUUUUAGCCUGAAAAAUCCUAGAAAAUUCAAACCUUGCAUGUUUCGCGCUCAAAAAUUAAAAUUUCAAUUUUUUCCAUACCAAGUUUUAUAAUUCUCCCGGAGAAGCGGUUUUUCAUUUUCCAUACCAAAAUUUUUUUCCAACCGAAAUAAAAAAGCGCUUCUCCGCGAGAACUACACAUUUUGGUAUGGAAAAAAAUCAACAUGUCGUGUUGGGUCUCAAAAAAACCGCGCAAAUCUUGCAGACCACAUCCGUCUCGAAUCGCUUCGCGUCAAACGUCGCCACGCCGGUCAAAGCCUUCCAAAAAUCGCCGAAAUCAUUCGAGCCAACGCGAAAACCCUCAAAGAAAUCACCAGAAUUGGGGUCUCCGAAGCGGCUCUCGGAUUUUGCGACGAACUAGAUCUGGAGAUUUUCGGAUGUAUGAGUUUCGACUUGGGAUUUCAACCGAAUCCCCAACAAAUUUCGCUGAAUUUCUGUCGAAUAAUGGAGAGUGGCGCGAAAUUCAAAAAAUUCAGCUAUACAAGUUUUGACGGAUUUGACCCGACAAAUGAUCAAAUUCAAAUGCUUUUGGAAAAAUGUGCGGUGGAAAAUCUGAAAUUAACAAUGAUGAAUCCACCGAAAAUCACACCAAAACCAAGUUUUAUGAUUGGAAAAGUGAGAAAUGUGAAAAAAAUCGAGUUGGUCGAAAUUGUUGCGGAGCCAAUGAGAUUCAAUAAAUUGAUUUCGAUUCGACAUUUUUUCGAAAAAUGUUUUCCAAAUGCUCAAAAUCACCUUUCACUACUUCAACAAUGGAAUUGA